AAAAAUAGACAGGAGGGAUCCCGUAUAUUAGUGGGCCUGGUUAUCAUUUGUGGGUUGAAUUUUUUUGGAUCUAAAGAGUUUUUAUUGAAGUCUUAAACAUGUAUGCAGGACGGAAAAGGAGAAAACCAGUGCAAAGAACGGUGAAACAUUCCACAGCUGAAGGUGUGAAAUCAAACCCGUCCAAACGUCAUCGAGACCGGUUAAACUCUGAGUUGGACCAGUUGGCCAGCCUCCUUCCAUUUCCCGAAGAGGUUACCAGCAGCCUGGACAAACUCUCCAUCCUGCGUUUGAGUGUCAGUUACCUGCGAGCUAAGAACUUCUUCUCAGUUGCCCUGAAAAACCACAACUGCAACAGUUUAUCGGCAAACAACAGUAACCAUGACAACAGUAAAGCCUCAGGAUUGGCUGAUGGAUGGCUGUCUGAGGGAGAGCUCCUACUGCAGGCCCUUAAUGGCUUUGUGUUGGUGGUCACCUCUGAGGGGAUAAUAUUCUACUGUUCUCACACCAUCCAGGAUUACUUAGGAUUCAAUCAGACGGAUGUGAUGCAUCAGAAUGUCUUUGAACUCAUUCAUACUGAGGACCAACAGGCCUUCAGACAUAACUUACACUGGGCUCUGAAUCCUCCUCCAGCCAGCACCCACACAGAUGAGUCCCCACAAGAUGGGGAUGUGGUCCCAAGUAUGGCUCUUGUGACAUGCAACCCUGAGCAGCUGCCUCCUGAAAACUCCUCUUUCCUCGAAAGAAAUUUUGUCUGUCGUUUCCGUUGCCUCCUGGACAAUUCCUCAGGAUUCCUAGCCCUGAAUCUACAAGGACGUCUGAAAUUCUUGCAUGGACAGAACCGACGACUGGAUGACGGAAGCCAAAUGCCACCCCAACUUGCCCUGUUUGCCAUAGCAACGCCCUUACAGCCUCCCUCCAUAUUGGAGAUCCGAUCCAAGAACAUGAUUUUCAGAACUAAGCACAAGCUGGACUUUACCCCAAUGGCCUGUGAUGCAAAGGGGAAAAUCAUUCUUGGCUACACAGAGGCAGAGCUGAGAGUUCGUGGUUCAGGGUACCAGUUCAUCCAUGCUGCCGAUAUGCUCUACUGCGCAGAGAACCAUGUUAGAAUGAUCAAGACUGGAGAAAGUGGCCUGACUGUGUUCAGACUGCUUACAAAGGACAACCGCUGGAAAUGGGUACAAGCUAAUGCUAGACUUGUUUACAAGAACGGCAAGCCUGACUACAUCAUCGCCACCCAGAGACCUCUUGUAGAAGAAGAGGGUGGGGAGCACUUGAGGAAGCGAUCUAUGCAUCUUCCUUUUACCUUUGCCACUGGAGAAGCUCUGCUGUACCAAACCAGCUACCCCUUCCAAGGCUUCUCUGUCAACCUUCAGGACAAAGGCAAGAGCAACAAAACCAAAAAGAGCAAGGUGGAUAAAGACUCCAAGGAUAAUCUGGACCCCAGCUCUCUUCUGGGAGCCAUGAUGAGACAGGAUGAAACGGUUUAUGUUUGCCAGCCUGCAGUGGAGCCAAGAAUGUCCUUCCAUAGUAGCCUCUUCAGUGAGCAAGGAGAGACUAGCUCUUUCUCUUCCUCUGCAGAGAAUGAUAGUUGGAAUCCAGCGCAGAAUGGUGUAGUUGCAAACUCCAAACAAGAGCCUUCAAGUUUUGACCCACUUCUAGCAACAUUAGACUCUCUGUCCCUGGAAAAUGAGGAGAGCUGCUCCAACAGCGAGCUCUUCAAUGCCCUGGAAAACCUUGGACUCAAUGCAGAAGAUCUAGAGUUACUUCUUCUGGAUGAGAGGAUGAUCCAGGUAGAGAUGGAACCAGAUUACAUCCCAUCUCUUAAUGAUAUUCUUACCAAUAAUGAAAUAAUUUCCUAUGUUCAUGAUUUGUUGGAAAACCGGAUCAAGGAUGGACCAAGUGGUGAAGAUACUUGGAUCCCUGUUGCUGCACUAGACUCUGCUGAACCUCCUAAGCCAUGUUCUGCUUCUGAGUCGGCUCCUCAAGUUACUUCCUCUAUACCUGCUCCAUACAUACCUUUCUGGCCACAAAGGCAGCCAGCACCCAUAGUUCAGCUUUCGCAACGGAUGCAGCAACAUCUCAACGGACAGUCGGUUUGCCACAAAACUGAGACCUGGAUCCAUGAGCCAAUUCCUCAGGUGUCUACAACAAACACUGAGACAACUACAUUUAACCAGCAUGACUCCUUGUUGGUUAACCCGGUAACAAGUUUGCACAAUGGUCAUUGGGUUGCAGAACACACGCAAACCAACUUGAACAAGACCUUACAGUUUGUUGACAAGAUAACAGAAACUAGUAAAGCACAUCCACAGCAAUUGCAGCAAAACCAGUUGCCACUCCUAUUCCAGUACAAAAACAAAACUGUUGAUGGUGGCAACACCCCUACAAAUGGCUACAGUGAUUCUCAAUGGCACAGAUACAAAUUCACAGACCAAGUAGACCUUGUCACAAAUGGAUCUUGUUUUCCUAAUGGCCACCCCAUCACAUAUGUACAGAACACAAUGAGUAACUAUGUGGGUUGCAGUAUGGCUGAAGGAUCAGGCAUGGAUUUUACAAUGAACAGCAGUUCAGCUGGGGAUGUAGGGCAGUUUCAGGGAGUCAUUGCAUCAUCUUCAUCCUAUCAGCAGGGUUAUCUGAAACAGAAGCAGCAGCCAAAGGUCACAUCCACUUAUUACACCUCCUAUACCAAACAGAACUCCUCACUAGAGCAUAUCCUGGGAUUAGCCCCACCUCCAAACCUCCCCACAUUGACAGAUUACAGCUCUGAUAUGACCCAUGACACCACCCACAGUAAGAUGGAGACUGGCUUCAUACUCAACUCCACUACUGUGGCCUACACAGGAAGUUGUCUGGUUCCCAACGGCAACGCAGUGGCCACCCCGUCAACAGUCACCAUGCCCUUUCUGAGCCCCUCCCACCUCCUCCAGACCCUCAUACCACUGGCUUCUACCUCUGAUCAGACAGUCAGUCACAUGUCAACUAGCAAACAAAAAAAGUGACUUUUUGUGUUUAAAGUUUGCUUAUAAACUUGAAUUACAUUUAUUUUAAUUUAUAUUAAAUGAGCCACAUUCACCUUAGGAAUAUCAAACCACUUAUAGUCGCGGAAGACACUCAAGCCAACAUAACAUGACAGCACACUCAAUUGUAACAUGUAAAGAUUAUGUUUGGAUUAUUUCUGAGUACGUGUAAUGAAUUAAUGAUGCUUUGUCAAAUGUACAGAAAAUGUUUGCAGUUGGCAUUCAGUAUGCAGUUUAUUGGGUCGUUCACGCGGAACACGUUUCUGCGGAAUUAUGUUUUUGAAUUACUUUUCCAUGAAACGUGCUGGACAGACGUCUUUGACCGUUGCGACGCAUCUUGCUGCUUUUUAACGUUUUGUGCUACGAUCGAAAAUUUUUAAGAUGCCCUGUCAAACUAAAAGAACUUUAACUUCUAAAAAUGUGUCUUCUUGAGACACCUGCAUUUUCUUCCGUUCAUUGCGUUGCAUCCGUUUUUUUUUUUAUUUAUUUUUUUAAGCAAGAACACAUUCUGUGUAAAUGGCACAAUUAGAGAUGGUCCGUCUGUAAUAAGUAUGUUUUGGGGCAUGUAUUUUUUUGUGUAUGUAUGUGUGAGUGCGUGUAACUCCAGUCGGCAUUUAUUGGGCCUCAUUCAUUAAACGUGAGAAAAGCACAUUUCUGUGUAAAUCGUAUACAUAAAUUAUAUUCAACAAGAGUUUUAAUAUCAAUAGUUAAUGAAUAACUAUUGAUCAAUAGUUUCGUUCAAUCUCAAAUUAUAGUAAACAUUGAAUUACACAAAGACUGAAGAAGACGUGUCCAUGUAUUAUGAUAGUAGUGACAGUCUAUGUAAGAAGGUUUUUCGAACGAUUUACACCGAAAUCCGUUCUGCUUCAUGUUUCACGAACGAAGCCCAUUGAGACUUAUUCAUUAAAUGCGAACAGAACAAAUUUCUGCGUAAAUCAUUCAUGAAUCCAUUCUUGCGUGUAUAUUGGCAUGGUAUUGAAUUCAAUGGUUUUACUAACAAUUUGCACCGGAGGUUUUUCUGCUCGCGUUUGAUGACUGACUCCAAUUGUCUGUAAAUGAUGUCAAGAGUGUAUGUAGCAUAUAGCUAUUAUGAAACCAAUUGUUCAGAAACAGUAAAUUACUUCAAUUUUAUAUUGCGAUGCAUACUUAUUUAUGAAAAGGCAAGAGUGUUACGUUCCUUUUAACGGUCAUAUAGUAAACGAUAAUUUAAAAGUAAAAAUACACAAGAUGUCAAUAAAAAAACAGUAAAAGUUAGCUGUAAAUAUAAAGUCAAUAAGCCAUUGCCUGACCUCUUCAUCUCGCUAUUACACUGGGUGAGGUUAGAUUUCGAGAAGCUGAUUCUGGAUCAGCGUCAGGGAAGGAUUAUGACUUGCAAAGGCCCUGGGGCCAAUUAUCUCCAAGGGCCCCGCUCCAAAAGUUUGUGUGGGGGGUUUUCAUGGCCAAAAGAUGUUGUCAUUGUUGAUGGGUUUUCGAGCAGGGGGAUCAAUAAACCGGAUUGCGCUACCUUAAAGUCCAGGGCAAAGGGCUGUCAAGGGCCCCAGUUAGUCAAGGGCCCCUGGGCACUGGCCCCAUUGGCCCGGUCGGUAAUCCAUCCCUGAUCAGCGUUACAAAUCUACUUUUACCAGCUUCCGUCCUUUUAGAUACAGGUGUUCAAGUGUUUAGUAAUUCCAGAACUUAACCACAGUGAUCUUUCUUAUAUUCGUAGGUAUUUGUACGUCAAGUGUACGUGUACAAUUUUGUACGUUUGAAUAGACACGAUAACGUACAAUAUCAUUGUAUUGACGGAAAAAUUUUAACUUUUAUGUAUGUACAAAUAUUUACGAACUGGUCGGAGCUGAAAUUCUCACCGCAUAUGAUCGUGUGCAAUAUGCAAACACAAUGAGGUAAAUGCGAUAAUUGUUAAAAUGUGAUUGUGUUAAACCUUUAAUCGCUAUUUUAAUCAUUUCAUUAUAAAUACAGUAUGCUUACUAGGACUAGAUGUUAAAAAUCCCUUGAUAAUCAGCAAUCGCUGUUGUUGGAGAUGUCCUCUUGUGUGGGGUUGGAUUGGGGGAUGACCACCUGGUGCCUCCAAUACGACACAUCCUCAGUUGUGCACCCCGGCCUCAUUGGGUGUUUCGGCCUUUUAUCACAAUACACCCUCACCCGAGGCUGGCCCACCACAGGAUGAUCAGACCUGGGUGUGUGUCGCACCGGAGGCUCCAUGAGGUCACUUGGCAGCCCAUACAGUCUCCUUCCGCUUCAGCCACAGCCAGUGACUGCUUCUUUCGGCAGCAGUUGCAAGGUCUUUGAUGGUCUUCCGCUGAGCUUGUCCUCUGAUUCCAACCUCCUUUAGUAGCCUUAUGAUGGAACUAGCUACAAUAAAUUAUGUUUUAAUACAAUAAAACCAACUUAUAAAUUCAGUAUUCUACAAACCUCAAAGGAUGUGUAAACAUUUAUGUCUCUAAAGUCGUUUUACGUAAAUUAAAGUUUUCAAUUUACGAUUUACAUUUUUAUAUUUACUCUUCCAAUUCGUUGAUAUUUCAGCGUCUAUCCAAACGAGAAGCACACUUAACGUACAAAUUCGUACAAAUGCUAAUGAGAUUACAUUGACUCAUCAACGAAACCAAUUCAAAAGCGGGGUUUGUUUCGUCUUGGAAAAAGAGAUUCUGGGAGCUUACAUUAUUGAAUGUGUUGCGUGUUUUGUAAAGCAGUAAAAAAAAAAAUUAAAAAAAGGUUUUGUGAUAUUAUUUCAUCAAGGUGUUUAUUAAUAAUAUUGUUAAUUUUAAUAGGACUAUAAAGUCACAGAGAAAAUACAUUUUCAGGCCAGCCUAUGUUUUUAAGUUUUAAUUUUAAAUACAUACUGUACAUAUGUUUCUUAUAAGAGGUAACACUCAAAAUGUAACUAUGGGUUCAAAUUUCUUUAACACACCUAUAUGAGAAAACAAUAUGACAAUCAUUUAUGAAAUGUUUAAGUACAAAUGUGUAAAUAGUGGAAAAGCUGUUUAUUUAAUAUUGUCGUAAGCACUAUUUUAAGAAGCACUGCCUUUUUAGCGGCACAAGAUGUAGCUUCUAGAGAGAUGUUUUUUGGAGUAAAUAUUUUAUCAUUUCUUUAGGUAAUGUGUUUAAAAUAUCUGCUUUAAAAAAACACAAAUAAGAAAAAAUAAAGUUAUACACUUUUAAUGAUUAACAUGAUGAAUUUUACUUUCUAGAAUUUAAAUGUUUUGCUUUUUGGUUAGAAAUGUCAGCCAUGUAAAGUCUUUUCUUUAAAGAAAUUAACAUUUGGAUUUAUUUUAGUAUUUUAACACACUGAAAGUAGAGGUGAAGAUAUGCAGUUCUGUCUUUUUGUCAUUUGACUGCUUGUUGAAAUGUACA